GGGAAGCAGACGGACGGUAUCUGUGUUUCCAAACACCUAUGUUAAGAUGCCAAUUAGCGUACACAGUGUCUUCAUUGGUUAACAGAAAAUCACCACAACAUAACAUUCAUUAAGAUGCGCUUUUCAUAGUAACUCGUUCCCUCCUGCACGAAGAGUAUGCAGUGAGGUCUAUUUAUAAAAAAGAGUCUGUGCUGAAAGGAGCAGUCAUUGCUUCAGUGCGAGUCAGACUGUGAGAUUUGUAUAGACUGUGCUAGAUUUACCUGCUGUGAUAUCUGCUGCUCGACUCGCUAGAUGCAGAUGUUUCUCCAUCGCGGGGUAGUCGGCUCUCUUUCCUCGCGGGCUACAUCGUUGAUCCAUCGACCAGCGACCCUGUAUCGGGGAUGAUCAAACUUCCACCAAUUCUACACAUCAAACAUGCCAUAACCAAUGACUGAUGUACACGACUGUUGUAUUAAUGAGAAGUGUGGGAUUAACUUGACCGAGUGAGUACAAACUUUUCUGGAGCUAGUUUUUUUUGCAGCAGCAUGCAGAUGACAACCAUGUCUACCAUGAUGAAGGAAAAUGAAUCUGAUGAGGGUAGUUUCUACAAUGAACUGCCUACCAACCCCUUGGUUGAACCAGGGACCAUGUCCAUUGUUAUUAUAUUAUACACUGUUACUUGUUUAAUGGGCAUGUUUGGUAAUGGCUUGAUUUGCCUCGUGGUCAUCCGAAGGCCCAAAAUGCGGACCGUUAUCAAUUUAUUCAUCUGCAAUCUUGCACUGUCUGAUCUGGUGCUUUGCAGCUUUGGAGCUCCACUUACGCUGGUUGCAAUGCUAAGUUCAUCAUGGACUCUGGGUCUCGCACCGUGUAGGAUUUACAGCAUGAUCACAGCUUGUAUGGUAUUUGUUUCGUCACUAACUUUUACUGCUGUUGCUAUUGACCGAUUUUGUCUGGUUGUCUACCCAUUCCUUCGACCCAUUGACAAAGUCAAAUGUAUUGUUGCUAUAGUGAUUAUAUGGAUCAUAGCCAUUGCAAUGACACUGCCCAUUGCCCUGCAAUCUUAUAUCAUUGACUUGGCAGAAAUUUAUAACAUAACCACACAUACAAUCGUCUGCAUUGAGAUUUGGGACUACACUGAAAAUCGAAAAAAGUACACCAUUGCACUCUUCGUUGUUCAGUUUGCUUACCCUCUUUUGCUGGUAAGUAUUGCACACGCCAGUAUUGCAAUCAAACUCAUGCGAAACGUCAAACCUGGGGCCCGUAGUCGGGAUAAUGACGCUAUGGAAAACCGCCGUCGAAGGCGAACGAAUCGAAUGCUCUCCGCAGUAGUUACCGUCUUCGCUGUGUCUUGGUUACCAUUUAAUGUCGUCAGUCUCAUACAAGAACUCGGAGAAGGUGACACACCCAGUCACUUUACUGGUGCUGCUGUGUACUUACUAGCCGUAUCGAGCACGUGGUUAAAUCCUCUUCUCUACGCUUGGCUCAAUGACAAUUUCCGCAAGGAGUUCCACCGAAUGAUGCCUUGCAUUCCAUGCUUGAAAGAAACCCGGAACGUGGGCUGCGUCAAGCCGUCACAGCCAGGGGCAUCCACGACCAAUUUCAUGAUCGAUAAACGUUCACAGCCGAGUAUGGCGACAUAUCUACAGCCAACGUCCGUCGAGAAGAGCUCAUCGGGUAAGAGUGGCGAGCAUGAUACCACUAUGUGACGCAAACUCAUCAAACUUAUCCCUCCCAAAAUCAUCGCAAACUAAAACAGCUUUCAAUUUGCAGCAUGGACAGAAUAAAACUGAUGAAAUACGAACCUGUUCGCUAUAAACUUUUUUGAUCGUCAUGGGCUUUCAUGAAUUGGUGAGUAAACACGAAGGAAGUUAAACAGAAAGAAAACUAUUAAUGUUUACACUAAGUUUAAGGUUUAUUUAAUUAGUAUUUUAGUAAGUUAGUAGAAAGUAAAGUUUGAACAUUUAAACACUGUGUGGAACCUUGUGUGUUAAAGGGAACCUAAAUGUAAUGAUAUUGUCAUUUCAAGAAUUCGUAUCGACGAUUAUGUUUGAGCAAAGAGACUCAAGAUAAAACUGUAUACAAAUGCUGCUUAAAAUUCUCCUUUCACAAACAAAAGUCAUACAAAAAUGUUUCAUAUACUCUUCCGUAGUUCAGCAUAAAACGUAGAAAAAUAACGCUUGAAGUUUUUUUCUCCCCAAACUUUACUUCGGUACUAUUAUUUAGAAUUACUUGUUUCUCCUGUCUUACAACUUUAACUCAUGUAGAAAUAUUGUAAGCCUCGCCUUUAAGUUGUAUUUCGUGACCAUGGGCACCACUUACGACAAUGUGCCCUCAUCGCAGUGUGAACAAUGGGCUAGGGAACGAUUACUAAAAAAGGAGCCAUUUUCAUCUGUCACCAAGUCUUGAUAACACAUAAAGCUACCCACUUUUACAUCUACGUUUGAACAAGCCAUUCAGUCGAAAAGUUGUGCUACAUUGUUCAUGUUUUUCAAAAUGUAACGAGUUUUUUUUUAAAGUGAGAUUCUCAGAAGAAAUCCGUUGGUUUAUUCAGAACAGAUUAUUUUUCAAUUAGGGUUCUCAAUAGAAAAAUCAAUUUUGGUUUGAAGCUGGUCCACUGCACAAGCUUGGGUGUUGAAUUAAUUAACUCUAUAUCAAAUUAUGACCAAACCGACAAAGUGUUGCAAUUAAUCACAUUACUAUAUGAUUGGUGACACACGGUGUCGGUGCUGUGACAUUUAGAUACAUGUACUCAUAUAAUAAAUUUAAAGACACUGGACACCUUUGGUAGUUGUAAAAGACUAGUACUCUCACUUGGUACAUCCCAACA